AUGGUUUUUCUAUUUCUUGAGCCAGGUGCUGUCCUUAUGCUGCAGCAGUUCCUCACUAAAGAGCUGGUUGACAUUUUCACUGAGGACUCCGACCAUGAUCGGACAUUUUAUGGAUUUUCUGAUAGUGAACUCUGCGAAAAUGGAUUGGAAGAUAAUGAUGAAGAUGGAACAAAGCCUGACCUUUCCCCCCUGAAGGAGAAAGUUUCAUCAAAACCAUCUUCUGCUCGACCCUUCUUCCUCAAGGUGGCUCUUCGCACCACCAGCUCUGCCAAGCAGUCCACUGAUGAUGAUGAAUCUGAAAAGAAUGACGAGAGAGCAGGAAAGAAAGGGCCAAAGAAAGUAGGAAUGAUCAGUUGGACAAAAAAAGACAGACAUGUUAAAUAUGAAGAAGAGGAGAGGGCAGCGUCUCAAGCACCUCCUGCAGAAGUGAAUGAUUCAGCUGAAGAUGAGUCUGAUACUUUCUUAGUGAAGAGAGAGCAGAACAUCAAGGCCAACAAAGCAAUGUUGGCUCAGCUUAUGGCGGACCUGCAGAAGAUGCCCGGAGGUGCGGGGUUUAUGAAAAAACAAGCGACCAAGCAGCCAAAGGACAGAAGUUCUCGUCCACCGCGCUCUGGAGGGGAGCUGAGGAAAAAUCCAGAUCGGGCAUCCCGCAGACAGACCCGCUCCAUGGGGGGCAUUGAGGACUCCUCAGGCAGUCUGAAGGCAGAACUGGAGUUGAGCCUGGAGGAGGAGCUGCUGGAGGUUCGACGAGCUCCUCAGCGUCACGGAACCCCACGACCACAUCAGAGCAAGCCUCAUAUUGUCCGUCCAGUGGAAGAAAUUACAGAGGAUGAUCUUCAGCUGGUUGCAGACAACAUGACAGAUAAAGUGUACAACAGCAUCACUGGCUCCACAUGCCACCAGUGCAGGCAGAAGACGGUUGACACUAAAACGUGCUGCCGCAGUGAGCACUGUCGGGGGAUUCAGGGACAGUUCUGUGGACCCUGCCUGAGAAACCGAUAUGGAGAGGAUGUCAGGAAGGCGCUGCUGGAUCCGGAGUGGAGAUGCCCUCCGUGUCGAGGGAUUUGCAACUGCAGCUUCUGCCGCCAGCGUGAAGGUCGCUGCCCCACUGGCAUCCUGUUCCCCCUGGCUCAGUACCAUGGUUUCUCUGAUGUCCACUCCUACCUGAGCAGCCUUCGCAACAAACUGAAAAGUGAGGAUGAUAUAGAGGUGUGA